GUCGUGGUCCGCGGAAGUAGUCGCACGCAGCGCCGGUUCCCGACAGUAGAUAAGGUACACAGCCCAGUCCCCGCGGGCGGCAGUGCAUUCCGUAGGCAAAUUAAUAUCAAUAACCAGGGAGGGAGCUUGUGCUGCGCUGUAAUGGAGAGGCGCUACCGUAUGCUAGGUAGCUUACCGAUCGGUUCCGAUCAACCAACGGAUCCGUGAUGGCAACAAGAGCGGCGCUAGUAAACCUAAUCGGUUCGAUUCAGCCUCCAAUGGGGGCGAAGUGACGAAAUGAUGCAACGCGUGGCAGUGCCAAAUUUGGUCGGCAAUUAUUGUCGUCCGAUGGCAAUGACGGCAGCGGCGUGUUCUGGUAAGCUUUCUAACUUCCGGCGCUGGUUGCAGGUGGUACGCUUGACAGGGUAACAAACAGGUCUAUUCUAUAUUUGUGAUUCAACAUUGAAACGCGACAGAUUUUCUAUCCAUCUACCUGCAAUCAAAACUCUUCUUGUCGAAAUGAAAACAGUGCAGAUGCGGAAACUACUGGCUGUAUUGUUGGCUGCUUUGCCAGCAUGCAUAACUGCAUCUCAAGCUCGUCACAACACUGACCUGCCUAUCGUUGACUUGGGUUAUGAGCUUCAUCAGGCGUUGUCAUUCAACGAUACAGGCGACUUCUAUACCUUUGCUGACGUUCGAUUUGCCGCACCGCCACUUGGAAACCUUCGUUUCGCAAAACCCGAACUGCCAGCCAUCAGCCGCUCUCACGUGCAACAGGGUGGUCAACGUUAUAGCUGCCCGCAAGCGAGCCCUAAAUGGGGCGACGACGCCCUUGGUGUCAUCCAGCGCAUACCCCAUGGUGCAGAGCUCAUCAAGGCCUUCUCGACAUACGAUGGCUUCUCGACCAAUGCUACAUAUACUGAAGACUGUCUCUUUCUGGACGUUAUGGUGCCCCGAGCAGUGCUUGAGCGUGCCGGGCAAGGCUACGGUGCUCCCGUUAUGGUGUGGAUUUUCGGUGGUGGAUACGUAAUGGGUUCUAAAACGCAGUGGGGAAGCCCGGCAGGGCUGUUAAAGUCAAGUCAAGCUCAAGGCUCUGACGGCAUGAUUUUUGUUGCUAUCAACUAUCGGCUGGGAGCAUUUGGCUGGCUUAGCGGCCCUUCUCUCCAAGAGAAUGGAACCGCCAACGCCGGCCUGUAUGACCAGCGCCUGGCGCUCGAAUGGGUGCAGACUCACAUUAGCAAGUUUGGAGGCGACCCAAACCGCGUUACAGUCACGGGCGAGUCUGCUGGAGGUGCCUCUACCAUGUAUCAGAUGGCAGCGUUUGGCGGCGCGAGAGGUCCUGCUCCGUUCGCCCAGGCCGUCCCGCAGUCCCCCGGCGUCAUUCCCAAUGUAUCUCCCCACGCGCAGGAGGUCGCAGCGCGUAGUUUUCUCGACCGACUCAAUGUCUCUACCAUUCAAGAAGCCCGGGGCCUCUCCACUGACAUGCUCCAGUUAGCCAACAAGAAUGUGGUGGGCGAGCAUUCAGCCUAUGGCACUUUUACGUUUGGUCCUGUCAUCGAUGGCGAGUUUGCUCCAGGCCUGCUGCCCCAGCUGUUCCGCAACGGACAGUUUGACAAGACGGUUGUCGUAAUGGCUGGCCAAAACUCAAACGAAGGAAUCUACUUUACGCCGUCAUCUGCGGCACAGGUCUCGGGCUUUCAAAACUAUGCGCUUGACCUGUUCCCUGUAAUGCGAGCUUCCAACGAUACAGUAGAGCACGUCUUCCGCCAGCUGUACCCACCAGAGCUGGCCACUACUGUCUCCAAUAAGGCGUUGGCCAACUUGGAAGCCGUCGAUGGCAACUUCAGCACCUCCAUUGCCCCGGCCGCGUGGCUCGCAAGUGAUGCCUUUAUCGGCGUCAACAGGCUAUCCAUUCACAGGGCCCUCAACAACACCUAUGCCUAUCUCUUCGCCAUGGGCCUGGGAAUACACGGCCAAGAUGUUCCCUAUACUUUCUUCAACGGCGAGUCACCGGUAACCGACGCUACUACUGCCUUGACCUUGCAACGAUACAUUACCAAUUUUGUCAUAUCGGGUUCACCAAACGGGCCAGAUGUGCCCCAUCUUGCCUCGUAUGGAAGCAACCACUCGAUGCUGUCCUUUACCGACGUUGGUAUUCAUACCAUCACAGAUCCUUUCGCCAACGAUCGUACCGAGUGGUGGUUGCGUGGUGUCUUCUAUUAAAGUUAGACCAAAGGGAUAUGGUGCAACUAUAAUACUAUCGAAAUACGGCUACCAAAAAGAAAACAGGGCAAUCUAGCUUUAAGCAUAUGGGCAAGACGGCGAGGAUGUAUAAAGGUGUUGCCAAGUGAAUCUUAAUACCUUAGAUAGAUAA